GCUGCACCGUUCGUGAGAUUCAUUCAUCUGAUGCGAGCCAGCGAAGAGCAAUGGACGGUUUUCCACGCUGACGUAACAGAUAUUACAAUGCAACAAGAAUAGAUUUUCAGUCGGUUUGUGAGCGGUUCAAUACUGUACAGCGAGCAGGGGGCAGGAAAACAAUGAUGCAUCUCAGGAACGUUAUCGACCUCGGCGCUACAUCAUCAACACGAUAACCACCUCAAUGCAACAUCAGCGGAUGGUUGGCUUUUGGGAUUUCAAUUAAUGUCCAACGGAACGGGCUAGCUUGUGCUUGUGGAAGGUUUUCAUCUUGUAUUUUGUUGCAGAGAGUUGCUGCUGCCCCGGUCUCUCCCUCCUAUCCGACGUUGUUGUCAAUGAUCAAACAUGGCGACUGUACCAGUAUAUUGCAUCUGCAGAUUGCCGUACGACGUUACUCAGUUUAUGAUCGAAUGUGAUGCCUGCAAGGACUGGUUUCACGGAAGCUGUGUUGGUGUGGAUGAAGACGAGGCUCCAGACAUCGACAUCUACCACUGUCCCAACUGUGAGAAAACCGAUGGAAAAUCCACCAUGAAAAAUAAGAAAAGGAAUAAACAGGACACGGGACAGAGAGGAGACAUCCGAGCUGUUCAGAACGGCAGUCAGGUGUUCAUCAAGGAGCUCCGCAGUCGCACCUUCCCCAGUCGACCGCUCCACUCCUCUCUGCUCCAGCUCCACUCCUCUCUGCUCCAGCUCCACUCCUCUCUGCUCCAGAGCUGCCCCCGGUCGACUCUCCACUCCUCUCUGUUCCAGCUCCACUCCUCUCAGUUCCAGCUCCACUCCUCUCUGCUCCAGCUCCACUCCUCUCUGUUCCCGCUCCACUCCUCUCAGUUCCAGCUCCACUCCUCUCUGUUCCAGCUCCACUUCACUCUGUUCCAGCUCCACUCCACUCUGCUCCAGCAACACUCACAUACUGAGUGUUGGAUCAAUGCAGUUCUGACUCCAGUGGACACGCUGGCCUUUUCUGGACACUUUGUCCACAACCUGAGUGUUGAGAUGCAGAUGAGAGCGUACGAGGUGGAGAAGCGUCUGAAGGUGAACUGUCUGACUCCGUUCCCCAACUUUGAGACUGCCUGCUGGUACGUGGGACGACACCUGCUGGAGAGAUUUAAAGGGUUACACAAGGCCAACAGACAGCCAGCUCCUUACCUGGUCCAUGGAGCUAAGAUCAUCAACGGAGCGUUCAGGGCCUGGACUAAGAAACAGGCUCUGUUAGAACACGAGGAUGAGCUUCCAGAGAACAUGAAGCCCACUCAGCUCAUCAAGGACCUGGCCAAGGAGAUUAGGAUGUCAGAGAAUGCAGCUAAAGCCAUUAAGAGUGAUUCGAGUAGCAAGGCUCCAGUGGAAGAGGCCCCGCCUGCCCCGUUAGAGCCUGAGGACCCUGCUUCCCCCUCCAGCGAACCCUCUCCGUCCCCUCCUCCCCGGGAGAAACCAGCCAGGAAGAAGGCCUCCAAGCCCCCCAAACCUCCCAAGGUCCCCAAACCUCCCAAGGUCCCCAAAGCGAAGGAGGGAGGGAAGAAGAAAGGAAAGAAAGAAAAGGAAGUCCCUCCUCUUCCUCUUCCUCCUCCUUCGAAGCCCUCCAGCCUGGCAGCUCUGGAGUCUCACGCCAAGGACAUCCUCAGCAAGAUGGACCAGCCCAAGAAGGGCAAGAUGGGGGUGACUAAGAACGUGUUGAGCAUGUCGGAGAAGGAGACCUGUAAGCAGAACGACGUGGAGAAGCGCGAGAUCCGGGAACAGAACAAGAAACAGACGGAAGCCAAGUGGAAAUAUAAGAACAGCAAACCAGAUUCCUUACUGAAGAUGGAAACUGAAGAGCACAAGUUUGAGAGAACACCGCUAUCAGGCAACAAAGACAAGUUUUCAUUCUCAUUGACACACAAGAAGCUACUCGGUUCUAAGCUGAAGCCCCAGCCCAACUCCAGUGUGUUCAGCUCGUUACAUAACCUAAAGGAGGACAAGGCCAAGCCGGUGAGAGACGAAUACGAGUACGUGUCAGACGAAGGAGAGUUGAAGAUUGAUGAGUUCCCCAUCAGGAGGAAAAAGAACGCAGUCAAGAGGGACUUAUCCUUCCUGUCAAACAUCAAAGACCCAAUCCACCCAUCCAAGAAGCCAAAGCUCCUCCCCUCUGCUGUCAAGGAACGUGACCUCCUCCCCUCUGUUCUCAGGGGUAUGUCACCUCCUCCCCUCUGUUCCCAGGGGUAUGUCACCUCCUCCCCUCUGUUCCCAGGGUAUGUCACCUCCUCCCCUCUGUUCCCAGG